AUGUCCCUCCUCCACGUCCGGCUCGCCGCCGCGGCGAUCGCCGUCGUCGCGCUCGUGGCCGGCGGGGACGCCUACCAGCUCACCAAACCAGGCACCGUCAUCUCGUACGACCGCCGCUCGCUCAUGGUGGACGGACAGAGGGACAUCUUCUUCUCCGGCUCCAUCCACUAUCCACGCAGCCCUUUCCACGAGUGGCCCGACCUCAUCGCCAGGGCCAAGGAAGGCGGCCUCAACGUCAUCGAGUCCUACGUCUUCUGGAACGUCCAUGAACCCGAGAUGGGCGUGUACAACUUCGAGGGGAGGUACGACAUGAUCAAGUUCUUCAAGCUGAUCCAGGAGCAUGAGAUGUACGCCAUGGUCCGUAUCGGGCCCUUUGUCCAGGCGGAGUGGAACCAUGGAGGGCUGCCUUACUGGCUCCGGGAGGUCCCCGACAUCAUAUUCCGCACAGACAAUGAGCCUUUCAAGAAGCUCAUGCAGAAGUUUGUCACUCUCGUAGUGAACAAGCUCAAGGAGGCCAAGCUCUUCGCAUCACAAGGAGGCCCUAUCAUUCUAGCGCAGAUCGAGAAUGAGUACCAGCACAUGGAAGCGGCGUUCAAAGAAAACGGCACCAGGUACAUCGAAUGGGCAGCUAAGAUGGCCAUCAGCACCGACAUCGGGGUGCCAUGGAUCAUGUGCAAGCAGACUAAAGCUCCAGCGGACGUGAUUCCUACCUGCAACGGUAGGCACUGCGGAGAUACAUGGCCAGGUCCAGUUGACAAGAACAAACCCCUGUUAUGGACCGAGAACUGGACUGCUCAAUACAGAGUAUUCGGUGAUCCUCCGUCUCAGAGAUCUGCCGAGGACAUUGCGUUUGCCGUGGCGCGGUUCUUCUCGGUGGGGGGCAGCAUGGUGAACUACUACAUGUACCACGGAGGAACAAACUUUGGAAGAACGGGUGCCUCUUUCGUGAUGCCGAGAUACUACGACGAGGCGCCUCUCGACGAAUUCGGUAAAGCAGAGACAGAUGAAUCCUCUCAAACUCUGAAUAUGCUUAACUAUGUUGAUUCAUGGAUGAACGUUUUGGUUGGUCCAGGAAUGUUCAAAGAGCCCAAGUGGGGCCAUCUGAAGGACCUGCACCAUGCUUUGAGGUUGUGCAAGAACGCUCUCCUCUUUGGGACCCCCUCCACGCAGCCAUUGGGCAAGCUCUACGAGGCGCGGGUGUUCGAGAUCCCGGAGCAGAAGGUGUGCGUGGCGUUCCUGUCCAACCACAACACCAAGGAGGACGGGACGGUGACGUUCCGCGGGCAGAAGUACUUCGUGCCCCGGCGGUCUGUCAGCAUCCUGGGCGACUGCAAGACGGUGGUGUUCAGCACGCAAUACGUGAACGCGCAGCACAACCAGCGCACCUUCCACUUCACGGACCAGACGGUGCAGAACAAUGUGUGGGAGAUGUACACGGAGGGGGACCAGGUGCCCACCUACAAGUUCAGCACCGACCGGAGCGAGAAGCCCCUCGAGGCCUACAACAUGACCAAGGACAAGACCGACUACCUCUGGUACACAACCAGCUUCCUGCUGGACCCUGAGGACCUGCCGUCCAGGCUAGACAUCAAGCCGGUGCUGGAGGCGAGCAGCCAUGGGCACGCCAUGGUGGCGUUCGUCAACAAGAAGUUAGUCGGCUGCGGCCAUGGCACAAAGAUGAACAAGGCCUUCAGCCUGGAGAAGCCCAUCGAUGUCAAGGUCGGCAUCAACCACAUCUCCAUCCUGUCCAGCACGCUGGGGUUGCAGGACAGCGGGUCCUACCUGGAGCGCCGGCAGGCCGGCGUGCACUCGGUCACCAUCCAGGGCCUCAACACGGGGACGCUGGACCUCACCAGCAACGGGUGGGGUCACAUCGUGGGCCUGGACGGCGAGCGCAAGCAGGCUUUCACGGAAAAGGGCGGCGAGGUGCAGUGGCAACCCGCGGUGUUCGACAAGCCGCUCACGUGGUACCGGCGGCGCUUCGACAUGCCCAGCGGGGAGGACCCCGUGGUGAUCGACAUGAACCCGAUGGGCAAGGGCAUCCUGUUCGUCAACGGCGAAGGGCUGGGGCGAUACUGGAGCUCGUACAAGCACGCGCUGGGGCGGCCGUCGCAGUACCUGUACCACGUGCCGCGGUGCUUCCUGAAGCCGACGGGGAACGUGCUGACCAUCUUCGAGGAGGAAGGCGGGCGGCCGGACGCCAUCAUGAUCCUGACGGUGAAGCGCGACAACAUCUGCAGCUUCAUCUCGGAGACCAACCCCGGGCACGUACGGUCGUGGGAGACCAAGGACAGCCAGCUGACGAUGGUGGCGGACGACCUGAAGCCGCGGGCGGUGCUGACGUGCCCGGAGAAGAAGAUGAUCCAGCAGGUGGUGUUCGCCAGCUACGGGAACCCGCUGGGGAUCUGCGGCAACUACACGUUUGGCAACUGCCACACGCCCAAGGCCAAGGAGAUUGUGGAGAAGGCGUGCGUGGGGAAGAGGAGCUGCGUGCUGGCCGUGUCGCACGAGGUGUACGGCGGGGACCUCAACUGCCCGGGCACCACGGCCACGCUGGCCGUGCAGGCAAAGUGCUCCAAGAGGCAGAGGACCGCCGAGCAAUAA